GCGAAAACAGGUUCAUUCAUCUCUAAUAAGACCUGGAACGACAUGUAUUCUCUGUCUGAAUUCUAAAAGUUCACUACCACACCAAGAGCAACCAAACAGAAGUACCAUUCUUCUGUUCAUGUUCCACAUCUCACAUGAUGUUCUGGAAAUCCGGCCUAGUUGCUGUGUCAGCUACAAUCGGUAUUGCUUUCAUAUACAUAACGAGAACAAAAUACCAAGCUCCUCUUGUGUCAUGCGAACAAGGACACGGAUAUCUGUACCCAGGCAACUACCUCGUCUACCUUUCUCAUGGCCACUCACUGGAGAAACAUGCCAAGACUGUAUCGGUAGCAGUCAAUCGGGAUAUUCGCGAUCAUAUCUGGUGGAUUUUGCCAGAUUCUUACUACCCUGGCCAAGUUGUGUACUCAGGCAAGAGGGUCGAUGACGAGCUGUUGGGAGGCGUUCGGGCGGACAAGGGCGUGCAAGAGAUUCAUUGUGAGGUUGGCGAGUUGGUACCAGAGGGGUUGCAGCUGCAGGUUUCAUGAUAAAUGUGGGCUCGGGGUGGCAAGAUACCAACGUUGGAAGUGUAGUACCGUAUCCAACUAUGAUGGAUUAGGACAACCACUAUCGGCUCCAAGAGAUUGUCGAAGUAGCAAUUCACCAUUCAAAUGCUCUCCAUUUGAACAAGCCUUUGUACAGGUUGACGCGCUGGAGAUUGUUGCAAUGUUGGAGCAACUCACUAUCUAAUGCAUGAAUCCUACCAAUGUUGGAUGUUGGUGAAGAAGGGUCCAAAAAUAGCAUCACAGCCAGGCUUGAUCAAAGCGAUAGCGGCCCCAUCAGAAAGGAGCGAGUGGCCAUGGCAGAGAUAAGGGUCGAUGUUGGAUAUGCGAGUUGGAUUUCGUUCCCAGUCUGUGAGCCGCGUACUUAUCCAAUAUAAUGCCGUGAAACCAACAGUACGCCAGAG